GGGGGAGAAAAUAAAUACCCAGCAGCUGAGGAAAACAAGGAAGUGAAUGCAGCUAGAGCUUCAGCUGUGAAAUGAAAGUAGAUCAGGGCAGUUUGCAUAAGGAAGUGCUAGCUAGCUAACGUCAACACUGGCUGUGCUCUCCCCAGCAGAGAGUUUAACGAAGAGCGACAGAAAGAGAACGAGACUGCAGCGCCUGCCUCACAGAAAUACCAGCAGCGAGUACCCAUUUCAACUGAGCUGCCCACUGGUAGACCUUACAGGGGAAAAGGUGUCCUGCUCAUAGUCCCCUAUUCACCCUACUCAUACCCACCACAAUGACAGACCAAGGGAAACCCUGGAGAGGAAGUGGAGGACCUGAGGAGGAGGAGUUACCACAGAUGGAUGGGUCAUGUGACGCUUGUGAGCCUGACGAGGCCCAGCAGGCAACCCAGGUGUGUUACACCUGCAGCUUCGCUUUCUGCUCUACCCACGCUGAGAAACAUGUCCACAGCACACGACACCUACUGACGCCCUACGACCAGGAAGUGGCGCAGCCCCAGGCCCGGUCCCAACAGCCGGCCAGGGACAGAGACCCAGGGGAGGGGGAGGAAAGGGUUCGAGAGAUUGGGCGUAGGGCAGAGCAAGAGGUGGUGGAAAAUGGGGCAUGGGGUGGGACUGGGGUACAAGAGAACGAGGCGUGUGGAGGAGAGAGAGUCCAAGGGGAGGGAAAAGUUGAUGAUGAAGAUGAUGGUGAUGAAGAGGCAGUGGCAGCCCCAGAGGGGGGCAGUAAGAGGGAGACGGUGACAGUGGAGAGGCUGCGCUGUAAUGAGCAUGGCCAGGAGGGUACUCUUUACUGCAAGACUGACGAGAAGGUCAUCUGUGUGGUGUGUGCCGUGCAGGGGGAGCACCGCGAGCAUGAGAUCAUCACCUUGCGCGAGGCCUACAUCUGGCAAAAGAGCAGGGAGGGUUAUGACCUGCUGGGCUGCACACAGAACAUGGCUGACCAUAUCAAGACCAAGUGGACCAACCCUGAGAUGUCUACAGAGCAGUUGGAGGCGUAUGUCAACAGUCAGUUUGAUGAGCUCCACCGGCUAGUUCGUCUGGAGGAGAAGAGGACCCUCCACCUAGUGGACCUGAAGGAAGCCUUCCUGACUGCCGCCGCCGCCGAGAAGAUCGCUGAGAUCACCGUCCACACCGAGCAGCUCCAGGAGGAGAUGGCCUGUAUCACGCAGCAGCUGGGCCAGCUGGACCAGGCCGAGGCACAGCCUGGAGCCGGAGUAGCCGCCCUAGCCCAGGGAGGACCAUGCCCCAGACCAGCGACUCCCAGAGCCAAGACGAGACCCUCAGGACCCCAGGGACUAUGGAGAGGGUGGGUCCAGAUCCUCAAUGGGACACGCCCCUUGACACCAGCUGCCCAAUCACAGAUCACUUCCCACUCCUCUCUUUCCUCCUACUUCUGUCCAGGAGACCAACAAAACCAGAGAGAUUCUCCUCUCCAUGUCUGAUGAAAACGGAGUGAGAAUGAAGAAGGCUGUAACAAAAUGGAUGGCUCUUUCUUUCUGCUUUCAGAACUUUUAAAACUCUACUAAGUCUUUUUUAAAUUGAGGUUCAUGAGUCGAUUGCAAUCUAUUACCGUCAGGCAAAAUUUUCACACUCAAUCAGAUCCUUGUCUGGUGAGCUGUGCUCAGUGAGUAGUGUAGGUAGAAAAGCUGAGGACCUGCUAAAACCCAGCAGAUGUCAGGAUUGGAUCAUGAAAUUCUGAAUGUGACACGCUGUGCUUUACAUUAAUUUCUUCAAUGUAUUUAGUAAUGACAAGCAGCAUUGACCAAAAAAAAGCCAAGCAAAAUAAGUUGACAGAACACCUUAGAUCAGAGGAGGAAUAUAGAAUGUACAGGACAAGGUGGGUGUUCCUGUUUUAUACUCUGAAGGGAAAUAUAUCACAAGUGUCUUAAAUCUGCCUUGACGUAUAAACACAACCUAGUACUUACUAACUGCUCUUGUCUUCUCUUGUUUGUCCUCACCUUCAAAUUCUCUCCCCUCCUUCCUCUUGUUUUUGUCAGAUUCGUCAUCAGAUGAUGCGUUGGCACAUAUUGAUUUCUGAGAGCUGCUGCGUACAUGUUACGGGGAAUCGAAGUGUAUUUUGCCUGUAUGUAAUAGCUCUCUGUGCAGUGUCAGCGUUCUCUGUAAUACCAUGCCUCAUUACCCGAGACAAUCUGCAGUGUACAACAGACAGUGCAGUCCUGACUCCUGACGACUAACUGCAUACAGUACUUUGUCUUACUCCAUCAUGUCAUUCAAUAAUCACACACAGAAGGUAUAUAUAUAUUUUUUGAUGCGGUCUAUUUUGUCUUAAAGGAGAAAGUAACCUUUAACCGAAUCAAUAUGAUUUGGGUUGUGACCAGGACCAAGCCCUACCCAAUGGAUCAUGUUAUUUUGUAGCAGUUAUGAAAUGAUUAAUAGAAAGAUAUAUAAUCAUUUCAUGACUGCUACAAAAUAAGUAAUAUAUAUAUAUAUAUAUAUGACUGCUACAAAAUAAGUAAUAUAUACUACAUGACCAAAAGUAUGUGGAUACCUGCUCGUCGAACAUCUCAUUCCAAAAUCAUGGGCAUUAAUGUGGAGUUGAUCCCCCCCUUUGCUGCUAUAACACCCUCCACUCUUCUGGUGUUGGAACGUUGCUGCAGGGAUUUGCUUCCAUUCAGCCACAAUAGAAUUAGUGAGGUCGGGCACUGAUGUUGGGCGAUUAGGCCAGUCUCGCAGUGGGCGUUCCAAAGGUGUUCGAAGGGAUUGAGAUCAGGACUCUGUGCAGGCAAGUUCUUCCACACCAAUCUCGUCAAACCAUUUCUGUAUGGACCUCGCUUUGUGCACAGGGGAAUUGUCAUGCUGAAACAGGAAAGGGCCUUCCACAAACUGUUGCCACAAAGUUGGAAGCACAGAAUCGUCUAGAAUGUCAUUGUAUGCUGUAGUGUUAAACCCAGAUUAGUCCAUCGGACCGCCAGCUGGAGAAGAGUGAUUCAUCACUCCAGAGAACGCAUUUCCACUGAGUCCAAUGGCGGCAGGCUUUACACCACUCUAGCCAAUGCUUGACAUUGCGCAUGGUGAUCUUAGGCUUGCGUGCGGCUGCUUGGCCAUGGAAAACCAUUUCAUGAAGCUACCUACAACCAGUUCUUGGGCUGACAUUGCUUACAGAGGCAGCACUCGGCGGUACCGUUCUGUGAGUUUGUGUUGCCGACCACUUCGCGGUUGAGCCCUUGUUGCUCCUAGAUGUUUCCACUUCACAGCAACAGCACUUACACUUGACCAGGGCAGCUCUAGGAGGGCAGAAAUUUGACGAAAUUACUUGUUGGAGAGGUGGCAUCCCAUGAUGGUGCCACGUUCAAAAUCACUGAGCUCUUCAGUAUAGGCAACGGGUGUGGCUAAAAUAGCCAAAUCCACUCAUUUGAAGGGCUGUCCACAUAGUUUUGUAUACAUAGUGUGUGUAUAUAUAUAUAUAUAUAUA